AUUAGAAACAAUUAAUUUUAAAUAUAUAUUUUUUUAAUUUUAUUGGGAUAAUUUAAUUAAGAUUUAUAAAAGUCUGAACUAUCCCAUUUAAGUUGAGAGUUGUAUGAAUUAAUUAAAUCAUAAUUCGUGAAAAAAAUUUGUUGUCGGUGAUGCCACGGUCAUCACGAUGCCUCCAGCGGCGUCAGACAUGUUCCGCGACGCUUUCUGUGGCGCCUUCCUGUGGUGUCGGACACCUUCCUCGACACCUCUGAGACGCUGAAAAAAUGCAUUACAUAAGAAAAAUUAACAGAAAAGAUAAAUUCCUACCGAUGAUCGGGCAGAUGCUUUUGUAGAUGAGAGGUAGACGAAAAAUAGAAGAAUUCACUUAAUAAUAGAUGUAAAGGGGAUUUAGCGCUUUAAAUGAAAAAAAAAAACAAAAAAAGAAAAGUUUUUGCGCCUCGUACAAAAGCAAACACUUGCGCUUUUGUACGAAGCGUAGCGAAGCACGCGCUUUGGAGACCUCGUGCGCUUCCUAGGUCUUGGAAGCACAAGGCUUGCGCCUCAUUGCGCUUAGCGAGUGCUUCAUGCGCUUUUGAUAACUAUGCUCAAUACUAUUUAUUAAGUGGGUGAACGACAUGCAAUGCAUCCAUCAAGGAUAUGUCGUAAAGGUAAACAACCCACAAUCCACCUAAUACGAACAUAUCAUGUAUAAAUAUAAAAAUAAAGCUGAGUAACCCACAACCCAUCCGAGAGGGAUCCAUCGUAUAUGAGAGUGAAUGACAAUCCACUCGUAGUGAAAUCUAUCGUAUGUAUGCACCUAUACAUACAUAGAUAAGGUUUAUGACCCGCAAUCCAUUCGAAAGAGAUAUAUCGUAUAUACAUGGGGUAAACAAUUCACAAUCCACCCAAUACGAUAUAUAACAUGUGUUUGCAUAUAUAUAUAUAUAUAUAGGAUGAACGAUCCACAAUCUACUCGAAAAAGAUCUCAUAUAAAAAUAGGAUACACGAUCCACAAUCCAUCUAGUGAUGUACCUUAUAUAAGAAUAGGGUGAACGACUUACAAUCCACCCAGUGAGAAAAAAUCAUCUCAAUUUGGCCGAAGCCUAUAAACACGUAGAAAAGACUUGAAAGUCCUUUUUAAAACAUAGAGCAAAUGCUCUAUAUUUAUAGAGAGUUAUUUUAUUACUAAUCUAGUAUAAAUAAUUUUAUAUUUUUAAGAACCAAAGUUCUAUGACAUAAGGGGUACAUACUUCUUACGAGCGCUAAGCCGAAGCUCUCUCAUAUUAUUCGAUUUUAGAUAACUACAUCAAAAUUAUCUUAUUUAUUCUCUUAAUAAAUAUCUAAUUUGAUUCUCAAUGGAACUAUUAUCUAUUUUUCAUCAUCAAGCACUAAGUUGAUUUAUAACAGCAACCAAGCAUAUAAAAUGAAAUUUUAAUCUACUUCCUAAUCAAGUAAUCUAAAUCAUUUUCUCCUUAGGGUGUAUGCUUAAUCAUGCACAAAGGUAAUAAAAGGGAUCAAGCAAAAAAAAAACUCCACCUAAAUCGAUCGAGGAAUUUAAUCGCGCUCAUUGCUCUCUCGCUUUGUUGGAAAAAUUUUCGGCAAGGCUACAACACUGUGUCGUGGCAGUAGCGUCUGGUUGGCAGCGACAACGACAGCGAUGGCAGCGGUGGCGGCAGCGGCGCUAGAAGCGGUGGUGCCGGAAGCGGCGGCGGCAGUAGUGGCGGCAGCGGCGCCAGAAGCGGUGGUGCUGGAAGCGGCGGCGGCAGUAGUGGCGGUGGAAACAGGGGCGGUGGUAGAAGCAAUGUGGGCGGAAGCAGCGUGAGCGGCAGCGGUGGCUGCAGCAACAUGGGCGGCAGUAGCUGUGGCGUGAAGAAAGGUGGGGUUUUAAGGAAGAUUAGGUUCUGGGAGAUUAAAAGGGGCUAGGGCGGAUAGGAAAAACGAAAUCAUGGGAGAGGGAGGAAGACAGAACUAUGCGGUUAUUUUUUAUCACAGUUUUACAAAAAGUUCCACAAAGUUUUAAAUUUUACAACUACAUCCUUUCCUUAGUUUUUUAUUUUUGAAUAUAACAGUUACAUUGUUAUUCCUUGGAGCUUCAGGUCACUGAAAGAAACCUUCGCUUCAAGGUCACUGAAAGCAAUCUUCCUGCCUUGGCACGUAGUCUUCGAGGUCUUUGUCUACUUGUUGGGGAUUUUGUGAGUUGAGUUAGGGUUCUUGGAGAAGAGCUUUGCUCAGCCACUAAUUUCUCCACCCUUCUCUUGAGGGAAUCCAGCCGAUUCUAGUCCAUAAGAUCUUGCUGCCACUUGUCCAGUGGAUGGACAUCUAUGAGCAAUUCAAGGGGAUCUUGAAGAUUCAAAAGUUUCGGAGAGUGGCGGGGUAUACAUGCUUCUAUUGCUUUGCUACUCUCGUCAGUUAUGCUUUCACAAACAACACAAAACGAGCUGGAAUGUCCAUGGCCGACCAGUACUAUGCUGCUUACCCGGCAGACAUUGAACUAUUAACAGACACUGGAAAGCUGUAUAAGGCAGCACUGGGUAAUUGCUUUGAAGAACAGGAGUGGGGACCGAUUGAGUUCUCCAUCAUGGCAAAACAUUUCGACCGUCAGGGUAAAGAUCCAUAUGCAUACCACGCUCAAUAUAUGGCACACCUUCUUUCACAGGGACAACUUGACGGCACCGGUUGAAGCAAUGCUUUUCUACCUGGAACACAAUUAAAUUGCAAAAUGAAACGAGCAAAUUUGUUGUGCUUAUCAUUUUAUUUUUGGCAUAUUUUUCAACUUUUGUAAUUAAAAUAGUGUGCUUCUUAAUACUGUUGUUUUUACUAUAAAUGAGAGUGAUACCUGAGCAGAAUAUUUGUUUAACAACUUUUAGAGCAUUAUAUUUUGAAUAAAUGAUGCUGCAAAAGUGCAAUAA